UUUGUUCCUUUCCUUCUUCUUUUUUCUUCUCAUACUACUUACAUAUACCCUUCUAAAACAAUACAUCUUUUCUUCUACAUCUAAAUUCACAAUUUCUUGAAUUCUACACCAAACCCCCACUUCCUACACAUCUUCACCCACCAGAAAUUACAACCAUGGCAACCAACGGUAGCAACGGUCAUGCUACUCUUCGACCUCUCAAAGAUGGAAUCUACGCUCCAACUAUGACAUUCUUCGAUCCUGAGACGGAAGAUCUCGACAUUGCUUCCAUCAAAAAACACGCCAUCCGUCUCGCCGAAGCUGGUCUCGUUGGUUUAGUAACCAUGGGAUCCAAUGGUGAAGCUGUCCAUCUUUCCCGCGCCGAAAAGCAAGCUGUUACACGUGCUACUCGUGAAGCUCUUGAUUCUGCUGGCUUCGACCAAGUCCCGAUUAUCGUCGGAGCUACAGAAGGGUCCGUUCGCGGCACCAUCUCCCUCAUCAAAGAAUCACAAGAAGCAGGCGGAGAAUACGUUCUCCUGUUACCUCCUUCGUAUUUCCGUGGUCUUAUGGAUGAAGAAUCUGUCUACAAUUAUUUCAUUCAAGUAGCUGACGAAUCUCCUUUACCAAUCAUCCUAUACAAUUACCCAGGCGCAGUAGCCGGUAUUGAUAUGGAUUCUGAUCUUUUAAUCCGUCUCGCCAAACACCGCAACAUCAUUGGUACCAAAUUCACCUGCGGUAACACCGGAAAACUCACACGUGUUGCAUUGGCCACUAAUGCCAAGACUGCCUUCUCAGAAGGAUCUGGCUACAUGGCUUUCGGAGGCAUGUGUGAUUUCACCGCUCAAACUUUGGUUUCCGGUGGUUCAGGUAUCAUUGCUGGUGGUGCAAAUGUCAUGCCAAAAGUCUGUGUCAAAGUUUGGGAAUUGUACAGAGAGGGCAAGAGAGACGAGGCAUUUGAGUUGCAAAAGGUUUUGAGUAAGGGUGAUUGGGUUCUUACUAAGGCCGCCAUUGCGGGCACUAAGAGUGCGAUCCAGAGCUACUAUGGGUAUGGUGGAUACCCAAGAUCACCCUUGAAGAGGUUGGAUGAGAUUAAGACUAGUGCGAUUAAGGACGGUAUUGAUGAGGUCAUGAAGGUCGAGUUCAGUCUAUAGAUGAAUUUUAACGGAGGUUGUGGUCGUUGCAUUUUGUAAAUGAGGGUGGUUUAUGAAUGCAUAUUCGUUUGGGCAGUUGGCGAGAUUAGAUACUCACCAGUAUAUAUUGUUUGCAUAAGAUAUAUCCGGCCAUCACUACAUAACG